CGCCUGUAGUCCCGGCUACUCGGGAGGCUGAGGCAAGAGAAUCGCUUAAGCCCAGGAGUUGGAGGUUGCUGUGAGCUGUGUGAGGCCAUGGCACUCUACCGAGGUCCAUAAAGUGAGACUCUGUCUCUACAAAAAGAAAAAAAGGAAAUGCACGUCGUUGGCUUGGUACCUGUAGCUCAAGUGGCUAAGGCGCCAGCCACAUACAGCAGAGCUGGUGGGUUCGAAUCCAGCCCAGGGCCUGACAAACAACCACAACUAUAACUAAAAAUAGCCAGGCCUUGUGGCGGGUGCCUGUAGUCCCUGCUACUUGGGAGGUUGAGGCAAGAGAACCGCUUAAACCCAUAAGUUGGAGGUUGCUGUGAGCUGUGAUGCCAUAGUACUCUACCCAAGGCAACAGCUUGAGGCUCUUGUCUCAAAAAAAUAAAGAAAAGAACAUGGUAGCAGCGGGUGGGGGACAACUCCUGCAGGAGAGGGGGCGGUGCUUGCACUAAGUGAUUAAAUAGCUUAAACCACACUCAUUUCCAGGAUAGUUCUUGGCAUCCUGGUUCAUGGGGGGUUGGGUGUGGUUGGGAGAAGUGGGGCUCUGGCUGAAUCCCUUCAACAACUGGGAGCAAACAGCUCCCCUCCCAGCACAGUAAUUAGGAGGCCCUCUGGGGUCAGAAGCGUUGAUUGGGACCUCUAAUAAUGAAGCUACAUCCCCUCCUGAGAGGUUGGACUGUGGUAGAGGAAUGGCUCUUUCAGCCUCAAAUGGAGUGCCAAUGAAGCUUCAGCCCCUCCUCAUGAUGGGCCGAACUGGUGGGAUUUCCUACACCGUAUCUCCUGUGCCUCCAACAUGGACUAGUCUCUACAAACUGGGGACAGUUUGUGAGCUCACCUGAAGCAUGCUGUCUCACCCUUGGCAGUGGAGCCACUGAAGGGAGAGGGGUGGUGUGUUCGCUGAGCUCCUCCUGCGCUUCCCUGACCUUGUCCACUUCUCGCCCCCGGGGAGAUUAGUGUCUAGGUUACCCCUGCCUGCUGCCAGUGCCCAGUGGCCUUGCCACCCCCACAACCUACAGGUAUAAAGCCAGGUAGAUGAGGUAGGGGAGGCACCAAGGAUGGAGACACUCCAGGUAAGACUGUAGGGCCCCUUAGUACCUUCCAACUCCAUCCAGGACAUAACUGGCAUGAAAAGGGGCAGGCUCAUGUGAUCUGGUAAAGAACACCUCUUUCUAGAAGGGUGUGACUACUAACAGGCUUCAAGUGGGGCAGUACCUGAGGGUGGGUAACUGAAAUGUUGGGACAUCUGGGGUCCCCUGAGCUGUGGAAUGGGUCCUGAAUGUAAACUGUCUGGCAUGGUCCCUGGGUCCUUGAAUGCAGUGUCUUUGGGAGUGGGAGGAUAUGGGCUCAGGGCUGAGUUCUCAGGCUUUGUCCCAGGGGCUGCUGCUGUGGCUGCUGCUGAGCAUGGGUGGAGUGUGGGCAUCGAGUGGCCCACUGCAGCCACUGUGCCAGCCCAUCAACGCUACCCUGGCUGCUGAAAAUGAGGCCUGCCCCGUCUGCAUCACCUUCACCACCAGCAUCUGUGCCGGCUACUGUCCCAGCAUGAUGCGGGUGCUGCCAGCCGCACUGCCACCUGUACCCCAGCCUGUGUGCACCUACCGUGAGCUUCGCUUUGCCUCCAUCCGGCUCCCUGGCUGCCCGCCUGGUGUGGACCCUAUAGUCUCUUUCCCUGUGGCCCUCAGUUGUCGUUGUGGGCCCUGCCGACUCAGCAGCUCUGACUGCGGCGGUCCCAGAGCCCAACCCUUAGCCUGUGACCAUCCCCACCUUCCAAGUCUCUUCCUUCUCUAAAUAACACCCCCCUCCCCCAAACUUCCAUACCCACUCCAACUUUUGGAGCCAGCAGAUGCUCUGUCCCUCCUUCCCCAAUAAAGCUGUCUCAAUCUGCAUCCUGGGGGUGUAUU